GACUCCGCUCCGCCCGCCCCCGCCGCGCUGGGGAGCGCAGCAGCUAGGGGAGCGCAGCAGCCAGGGGCGCGCAGCGGCUGCGGCAGCGGGCGGGGCGGGGCGGAGCGGCGCGGAGCGGCGCGCAGGGGAGCGGCGGGGAGCGGCCCCCGGCGCGGCCGCGGCCGGCGGGGCGCGGAGCGGAGCGGGGCGGUCGUCUUCUCAAAACCCCUGCAAGCUGAAGAUGGAUAUUAAGCGCGUGAAGGACUAUAUUUACUGGCUGUACUACCAGUACCUGCUGAUCACCUGCAGCUACGUGCUGGAGCCCUGGGAGCAGUCCAUGUUCCACACCAUCACCGUCACUGUUGUCGCGAUGGUGGUGUACACAGCUUACGUCUUCGUCCCCAUCCACGUCCGCCUGGCUCUGGAGUUCUUCUCGCAGAUCUUCGGGGGCCAGCCCGAAAGCACCGUUUCCAUCAUGAACUGAACUCGCCCGAGUGGCGACCGGCAGCUCUCGCAACUUGUGACAUGCGGUGUCUUCUUCAGUUUUGCGUAUUUAUUCUGCAGCAGUUUUGCGGUUAUGAAAAUACCAUUUUCUCCUACAGACCAUGGCUUGCUUAAUUACCAGAGCUGAAAACCAGAAUAAUACAGUGACUACUGGCUGCACAGUCCCCGUUCAAUGAAACACAGGCCAGCGUUUGUUGUGUGAUAAUGAAACACAUCACCUCGGAUGCCACGUUUACCUAAUAGUCAAGCGGUUCUCACUUUUAGCACCCUGAUUUAAUCACACUGGCAUGUUUGAAACAGCAAAACCACUUUCUGAUGGCUGUGAGAAGGGCUUCCAAGUUCAUUAUACACGAAGAAGUUUUGACAAGAGGGUGAAGUGGCAAAAUAUGCCAUGUCUUCUUUGACCCAGCUUAGAUGAGUAUAAUAAAGAAUGAUUUGAGUAUUCACAGCUGGCUGGUUAUUGGCUUCUGGUUUUAAUGAAUAGGAGAGGAAACUGGAAGAGGAAUUAAGAAGAGUAUUGAACUUGAAUCCAACUUUUUGCAUCGAAGUUGCUGCAUCUGAGUUUAGAUGGUGUAAGACAGUGAAAAAAACAUACUAUAGGCAGUUUACAGAACACAGAGAACUCUCAGUGCACUUCUGCCUCCUUUGAUCAAAAACAAGACAUCUUUUCUUCCUGCUCCCAUUCACCAAGUCCGUGUCUGCACCAUAGGAAGAUGAUCCAAAAAUCAGAGUGGAAGUGAUAUUUUAGUAGCUUAAAGAUAUCUGCCUUAUAAAGAAAAAAUGAGAUUUAUUAUAGUUGCCUGUGGGGAGUUUCUUGAGCAAUGGAAGGUUUGUUUGGUUUUCACUCUACACCUAAAUCAAAUGUCAAUGCCAAAUCAUAACUCGUGGCUAUACAGUGCAUGUAUCUAACAGCUGAUGCUACUGUUACUAGAAGUGAGAGGUGCAAAAUGUAAAUAGCUUCCAAAUGAUGUUUGCACAGUUGUAGAAUUAAAAAACCCCUCUUAAUUUCUUUAUCAAGCUGCAGCGGGGUCCUGCAUGCUUAAAAGAACAAAGUUUGUCCAGAAACUAAGACAUGUUUUGAAGGUUGAACAGAUCUGAACAUGUGUAUGCAGGGGUUUUUUGGGAAAAAAUAAAUUUUAUUCUUCAGAAAUAA